CGGACAUUGAAACGCACACUUGGCCUUCAGGGUAGAAAACAGCACAGUGAGAUCAAAAUUGGAAUUUAAAUCUUUCAGCAUUUUACUUGUUGUUGUUGUUUCCAUUUGUGUAAUGGCGAGUGCUCUUGCAAUUUCACCUUCCACAGGACAAGAAGAAGGUGCUCAAGUCACAUUUGAUGAUCAACAGAAAAUUAAUAAAUAUGCUCGCAAAACCAGUAAGCUCACUGAACUCAUGGAAGAAAUAAAUAACAAAAAGAAAGAACUUCAGAAAUUGGAAGAUGCAGCCGAAGAUCUUCUGAUGGUUGAUGAUGAUGCUAUUAUCCCAUAUAAGAUUGGUGAAUCAUUUCUUGGUCACACUGUUGAAGACACUCAGGCACUUGUGGAAACUGCAAAGGAGGUUGUACAGAAAGACAUCGAGCAACUAGAAGAGGAUGCACAACAAAUCAGAAACACCCUCUCAGAACUGAAGGUGCAGCUUUACGCCAAAUUUGGCAACAGCAUAAAUUUAGAGAUGGAUGACGCAUAAGUGGACAUAAAUUUGCUGCAAUGUACACUGUGUUUGCUUGGCUUAGUGACCAACAGCACGUCUGCCACCCUCACAAGAAUUCUAAAAUCUUAAAACAUUUUUUGUGGAUUCUUGUUUUGAAAUUGAUGGCUUGGCUCGGGGAUCAAGAAUGUGUAUGCUGCCCUUACAAGGCUUCUUAAUCUUAAUUCGUUUUUUGUGGAAGCUUGAUUCAAUUCUUUCAACAUGGUUGUGAUGCACGAAAAAAACAAACAGCACAUAAUUUGCUUAAGCUGCAAAUAUAGAUUUGCUUUCAGAAUUUAAUGGUAGACAAAUAAAUCUAAAUCACAUCAGUUGGUUAAGCAAUAAAUUAGGGUAAAUUAUUAUACAGAUAUUGCCUGCUUAGAGGUGUAAUAUGACAUUUAAUCCCAGAGGGAAUUAUAUUUUUACGAGGGAGUAUAUCUUCCCAAAGUGCGUAGCGCUGAGGGAAAAUAUAGUCCUGAGAGAACAAUAUAAUUCCCAAGGGGAUAUCAAAUGUUAUUAUUACACCGAUUGAAAAGGCAAUAUCUGUUAUAUUACAUAGCCAAAAAUAGAUGCAAAUAAUUAACUGAACACAUUACUUUAAAUAUCAAGAAAUUUUAUUUAACUUUUACACAAUAUCUGUUCCAUUUCAUAGCCAAAAUACUUCAUAUUACUUUCACUUUUUAAAAAUGUUUCUGUAGUCCGUAGCGUAGCGAUAUCAUUGAAUUCACCAUUUGCUCUCCUUACCUAAGUGUAGAAUGACCGGAGAAACGCAUUGAGCUCUGGUGCUGUGAAAUUUUCAAUGCAAGUAAUUGAUGAUUCCUUGGCUUUACAAUAUUCACUGAGUGGUCCUACAUUAAUUGACGAAUUCGCAACAAAUUUUGUACUGUUAAUCCUUUCCAAUUCGUCUUUGUCAAGAGAUUUAAACUUAUUUGAAGUCGUCAUUUUCGAAGCGCUAGGCUUACACCUUCACAAUUCGUGAUCAUAAUAGAAAUUAAUGGAAUGGUACAUAAUAUUCAAGGAAAUACACCAUUAAGUUUUGGCAGAAAAGGUCAAAGGACAAAAUCAAGGUCAUGGAAUUUCGAUUUUUUUUCAUCCAGAGCAUAAAAGAAAAUAAUGCAAUGGCCCCAUCAUAGAUGGCCUGACUUGUUCAAUAGUCAGGCACAGGGAGGAAAAUAUCAUGGAUUUAACCACCACACGUACACGGCCUACGUAUUCUUCGGUAUUACCGAGCUUUCGAAAUGGGCCAUGCAGGGAGCUGCGACGGGGAAUUCAGUCAACCAUGAAUGUCGUACUAUGCACUUCCCAUGUUAACAUCAAAGCUGUUUCGAUUUACAGGAAGACGCGCUCCCUCGUAUCGUGUGAUCAAUUAUGCAGACGCCCCCAGCAAGCACGUAUUUAUAAAACUCGCGUUGCCAUAAUCAACACAAUCCCAAAUCGCUUAAAGCCCGUUGUCAAAUCCACACAACGAAUGACUUCCCCAUGUAUUCGCAUGCACAGUACGGUUUCACGCUUCACUGCCCAUCGUAGAACGCCGCGUCGUCCAAAUCGAAAGCUGCUUAUUCAUGCACUGGGCAAAGGUAUGCACUCUAUCAUGGAGUGACUACUCUAGUUUAUUUAUUUUUAACCAAAAGCCAAACAUACAUAUAAUACUGUAUGUGUGUGUGUUUUAUACAUGAUACAUAAUAUAUAACUGUUCAUUAAAACUAAAAACAGUGCUACGAUUAAAGAACAAUGAUUUAAAGAUCAUAAAUUAUAGUACAGUAGUCGCUAUGUAUAGGGACAGAAAAGAAAUAAAUUGCUUCAAUUUAGUGAAUGUAACAAAUAUUAUAAUGCACUAUAUUUCCGUAGUAACCAUUGAGAUGGGAGCAGGUGCUUCCAAAAAUGUGGUUUGUGCAAUAAUUAUGCUGUAGAUCAGCCUUAGGGUAUUAUUUACUACUUGAAGAAUGGAUUUCAUAUCUAUCUACUGUGGUGUCAGAGAUAUAAGGCUUCAUUGGGCCCUUUUACCCUGGUGGCUGGGGCUGCUUAGGCCUUAGUAGGUUGUAAGCCAAACUCCCUUACUACUCUACCAUUCUUGAAGGCAUAUUUGUAUGGUUUUUUUGUUUUUUUUUUAACACUCAUUAAGAAGCUCCGAUAGGCCAAUUUCGGGGCCACGUUUUUUGAGGAAAUAUAAUGCCGAUUAAAUUUUCGGGGUCCGUUUAAGGUUCAAAUCAAACCAUUCUUCAGUGUUAGCAGCCAAUGAGGGCUCACAGGGGCUAAGACACUAUGGUAUAGCAAACCAUACAUUUAACUUGUGUUCUGAACUUGAUAAGAGUUCAUGGCAGAAUUUGUUAAUUUAAUACAUUUUGAGGAAAAUCUAUCGUACUGCAGGCCUACAAAUAUGGCAGAAUUGACUUGUGUAUAACUAUCCACGGUAUCUGUAUUGUCUAUUUGUGAAUACAGAUGUGAUUAGAAAGCACAAAAUAAAACCGUGCCGUUUGAGUGAAGCUA